AUGGCUGAUACGCUGCGACAGGGCGCAGAGUCGCCACACGAGUCCAGCCCAGCGUCAUCUUCGCCCAUUCAAAGGCCAUGCAUCGCGAAACACGACCAUGGGUGGAGGAGAGUCGUUCUCAACUUUACACCAUCCUGGUUCUCCGUCACAAUGGGGACGGGUAUCGUCUCGAUUCUACUCUAUAACCUUCCCUACAAUGGAAUAUGGCUCUAUUGGAUCUCAGUGGUUAUAUUCGCACUGAACGUUCUCUUCUUCGCACUGGGAUUUAUUAUCAGCAUUCUGCGAUACACAUUGUAUCCUGAGGUCUUCAAGGUGAUGAUCACACAUCCGGUUCAGUCUAUGUUUAUGGGGGCCUUUCCGAUGGGCCUUGCGACGAUCAUCAAUAUGUUUUGCUUCGUCUGUGUCCCGCACUGGGGCGAUUGGGCGCGGUAUUUUGCGUGGGGUCUUUGGAUCUUCGACGCGGUAAUUUCCGUGAUGACGGCCUUGUCGCUGCCUUUUGUCUUGAUGGCCAAAGGAAGUGAAACGCACCUGUCCUCCAUGACAGCGGUAUGGCUUCUGCCCAUCGUCAGCUCUAUCGUUGCAGCCUCAUCAGGGGCAGUCGUCGCGGGAAUACUUCCCAAUGAUCAGUACGCCCUGUGGACGCUGAUCACCAGUUAUGUUCUAUGGGGAAUGGGUCUACCCCUUGCGUUGAUGGUGAUGGUGAUUUAUCUGAUGCGGUUGACACUCCACAAGUUGCCACCAAAGGCCGUGAUCGUGAGUGUCUUUCUUCCGCUGGGCCCACUGGGACAGGGUGGAUAUGGUGCAAUGAAGCUAGGACAAGGAGCCCAACUGAUCUUCCCCAAGACAAAUACGCUUGAGCAAUCUUCCGGCCCAAUAUUUUACACACUGGGUUUUCUGAUCGCGCUGAUCUUAUGGUCGUUCGGGCUUGUCUGGCUGUUUUUCGCAACCGCCUCGAUCGCUCGAUCGAAGAAUUUCCCGUUUAAUAUUGGCUGGUGGGGCUUUACAUUCCCGCUAGGGGUAUUUGCGGCGAGCACAGUGCAAAUGGGGAGUGAGCUGCCUUCUAAAUUUUUCAAUAUUCUAGGAACCGUUAUUUCAUUAUUUGUGGUUGUGCUUUGGGGUAUUGUCAGCUUGGGCACACUGCGCGGGGUUGUUUCUGGAAAGCUGUUCCAUGCGCCGUGCCUGGCAGAUCUUCGGAUGGAAGAAGAGAAGGAUAUGAACAAAGCGGCGUAA